AUGAUUAAAGCCUCUUCUUCUGACGGCAAGUUUACAAGACCUCAUUUCUCACUGCGAAAUUGGGUAGUCAUCGAGGCCAAAGAGCUUGACUAUUCGUUCCAGCAGCUUGAUUUGCUUUCUCAGUUCUUGUUCGCAAGAUAUCUGACAGAUGACUAUUCGCCUGUUCCAAUGGCCGAACUGUUGCAGCAUGGCAGUGACCACAGUCAACUUCUAACAGAGAGCGAGAACAAAAUGCCCGUUAGAUUUCAAAAGAUGGGAAGAAGAGGGGUCUAUCUAAGUGAUAUUGCCGAUUUGAGUCGAGAAACCCUACCCGAUGCUGUUGCUCUCCUCGGCAGACACGCACUUGGAUCCGCUAUCGAGAAGGACAGCGAAUGGAGGGCGAGUUUUGUUGGUCAGGGACUCUGGCUUCUCGAAACUUCAGCCAUCCUUGGCAGCUCUGAUGGCGCAGCCGCAUUCACCACGGCUUUGUCAGAUGAGUUUAUCGAUGCAGUCAAACAUGCCAGGCGCUUGUCGGUAUCCGACACUGUGGCCAGAGCGCUCAUUGUCCAAACAGUCGAGACGGCAAUCGAGACAGGCACGGUAUGCUCAUGGCCAGAACUGGCCGCUUAUUUGCAAAUUGAGUAUUCUCCCAAUAGGCUUGCUAGAAAGACGGCUGAGCAGCUCCAGGGGUCCAUUUCAAUACUGAAGAGAUGCAUUAGGCUCGAUUGGGGAAUUCGACGUCAGAGGUUGUACUGGGACUACUUCAUGGCAAAUAACCAAGGUCCCUUCGAACAUUUACUAAAGAUAGUGAAAUACUGCUUGCUUAAUAGCUCCUGGAUACUUGCGCGAAGAGAGCCAGACGAGUUUCCACUCCUCCAACACGAAGCUCUGAUGGAGCUGCGAGAUGAAGCGGUACUAGGAGCAGUCUUGAACGAUGAUCCCGAAGCUUGUUUUGUCUAUGCCAUGCAAAAUGCUGACUUCGGCACUCGAGACUGGCUGCAGCUAAUGCGCAAAGCUGGUAGCGUUCAGGAGCACCCUUAUCGUGGUCAUGCUCAGUCGACGGGAAAUCCGACUGCUUGCUGGUUGCUCGCGCUUUAUUAUUGGCAGAAAAACGGUUUAAUCUCUGCCACAACAACGAAAAGAUCGCUUUUGGACAACUCGCCCGUGACCUUGCCAAGGUUCCAACCUCUUGUUAACGGACUGCAGGCUCUCUUUCGUGCGGCACGAGAACGUGUAAGCCAUAUUUCUAAGAUCAUCAACGAGUCCUUGAGCGACCCCAGGAACAAGGAUGCCUUGGACACUUCAGAGGAAUUCGAGGAAACACUCGGGUUCUCAUGGGCUAAAUUAGCCCUCAAGACUUAUCUGGAACCCGAUUCUGCGCAAAUUUUCGCUGGUGCUAACCUCGACAAGAAGUACAUAUCGUGUGCUGUCACAUACAUUGCCAUGCUGAAGAGGAGUGGAAAUCUAGAAGCUGCUAAAGCAGAAUUUUUGGAACAUGACAAACUGGGCAGGGAGUCGAAGUUGCUGCUAGAUAAGAACGAGAAAGACAAACAGGGUAGAAGGCCCAACACUUUAAACCAAUACAGGGAGUACGGCAUGAUGGUCUUGGGAGACUUGAAGAGUACAUUCGACACUGACGAAGAUUUACUUGCGUCAACUGCGACGAACAACGUCGAAGAGGUAACUAAGAUGGUGGGAAAAUGGCCCGAGAUGAGAUGGUAUCUGAUGAAAUCAACGAUUUCGGAGGAGGUCAGAUGA